AUUCUUUGACUCCACAAGCGGAAAACGAUCACACAACAUUACACUGUGGAGUUCUGAGGGACAAAAAUGCAUUUGAUAUUAUAACCCACCCUGUAAUUACGCGCAAAGAGCGCUAUUGCGUAUUUUGUGAUGCCCGUCUAUAUUUAUAAACCUCGGAGUUGUACACAACAUUAAAAAAAAAAAGCAUUUGCGCAAACUUCUUUUAAGAAUGUGUUCGGAAACCGAAGGAAAUUUUAGCUGUGCGUGAACUUGUCGGAUUUAUUAAUUACCCCCCAGGUCAUGGGUAAUAGUCGGACAUCUGUUGGUCUCACCCGUUUAUUCCUUUUAUUGCCUUUGUUUCAGUUGUACUUGAUUGCUAGAGAAUGAAUUUUUGUCUGGAUUCCAAAAGAAGAAAGAAAAUGCAUAGUACCUUUUACGUAUGAAAAUUAACGGAUUAUUCUCUCCAUCUCUGAUGCAAUUAACUCGGACUUUUAACCCGCAUAAAGGGAUUUCACGCGUUCGUUCAUCUUGCGAUAUCUUAACUGCCGCUGGGUGUAUAUAUUGUGUAGUUCUGAUCUUUUUACAUCGAGAUAUUUUGUAAAACAGAAUUAAAUUUGUCACCUAGUAUCUGUAUUAUACCGACAGACGCGUGUAGGAUUGAUCUGAUUACAUUAGGCUGAGAGCUGCAGUGGAAAACCUCGCAGUAAAUGCUCUCAUCUUAAACAUGGGACACAUGAAUAUCAUCCUGUUAACCUUUUUGAUUUGUAUUAUGGAGAUCUUGUCAUACGAGGAUUGCACAUCGAACUCGUCCAGUGAUAUAUCUAAGUGUUGCAGCCUGUGUCCCCCAGGUCAAGGACAGGUCAAAAAAUGUACAAAUGAAACAGACACUAAAUGCCAGCCUUGUGAAAAUGGAAAAUCGUUUUCGUCAUCAAAAUACGACACAAAUCCAUGUAAAAAGUGUAGAACUUGCAGAGACAUGGAACGCGAACUGUCUCCGUGCAACACGACGCACGAUGCCGUCUGUGGGUGCCUCCUAGACUUCUAUUUUGCAGAAGAGUUAAAGAAAUGCCAGCUGUGUGACUUGUGUCCGUAUGGAUCAGGUGCCAUAGUCGCAUGUAGCACAAACUCUAACUCGGUGUGUAGAAAAUGUGAGAAUGGAACUUUCUCCGACGUCAAGAGUGCUACCUCAACGUGCAGACCAUGCUCCGUCUGUAGUCCAACCCAGUUCACAAUAAUGGAUUGUACAGACCAGCAGGAUACCAUAUGUCUAGAGAAACCAGCAGCCUUCCUCACAACAAAGUUAACAGAACAGCCGUCAAGAAAAGCCACCAAAGAAGACGAAUUUGACGCCAUUCCAAUUUACUGUGCAGCUUUGGGAGCGGUUGUCUUAGGUCUCCUUGGUUACGUAUUCUUCAAACAGUACUCCAGACUCAAAGACAAAAAUCGCCACAAAAUCCAUGAUCCACACGACCAUGUGGAAUAUUCCCGAGCUUCCGGUGGAACAGACAGCGGUGUGUGUGUUGAUUUCACCGUGCAGUGUAAAACAUAUAAUGAACUUACAAAGUACAAAGACCUUCCAAUAUCAAAGAGGAAAUGCGUGGAACAUCAGUUAGUUAGCCGCCGUGGAAAUCCCAGUGACUGGAGAGCGCUGGCACAACAGCUAGGAUACACUUCAGAAAAGAUUGACCAGUUAGAAUCGUGUGCUGGAGAUAGUUUACACUGUUGUCAGAUGAUGUUACAGACGUGGUCUCACAGUAAACGGAACACGACAGUGGCAAUUCUUCUGAAAGCGCUUAGUCAUAUAGGUCGACACGACAUUGUAAAAAUUCUACAGGCAGAUCUGCAAGCCUCGAAAUCUGAGAAUAAACAUGUCCGAAUUGUAUAACAUUUUUACAAGAAGCUGCAGACCUGCAUUGCUUAGGAACAUUCCACGGUAACUUCCGUUACAAUAUCAAAUGACCUUGAAACGUCAUUGCGUACCAUGCCUUUUCUCACGUUGUUUUAUGUACAUUAUGAAUGAUAAACUUUUUAAAAAUGUUAUGUUUUUUUUGUAAAUCCCGAUGUUUUUUAUUUAUUGAAAGUAAAUAUUUCGACAAAG